AUUGCCUCCGCAACAAUACUAUAUAUAAUAAUCUCUAGGUCGACAACGUAGUUUUAAUGUUUAUUUACAACAUUGUCAAGAUGCAUUACGCUUUGCAAAUAGUAGCGGCUGUUGUCGUAGUGUUCUUUACCGUUAAAUUUUUGAGUGUUUUUCGAAAAAGGAGGAAGUUAUCAUGGAUACCAUCGGCGCCGCGGUUGCCCAUUAUAGGGUCACUGUUUGAAGUAGGGGAGAAUUCAACGGAGAUCAUCACGAAUUUUAUACGCUUGACGGACAAUCCCGCUAAAUCGGUUUACCUGGAAAUUGGAUUCGAUUGUGGAGUAGUUACGAGGGAUCACGACUUAAUCGAAUUUGUGCUAAAUUCAACGCAAUUAAUAAAUAAAUCAUGGGAUUAUCAAAUGUUCCACGACUGGUUAGGAACCGGUCUGGUUACGUCGGGAGGAACCAAAUGGAAGAAAAGAAGACGCAUUAUAACUCCAGCUUUUCAUUUCUCAAUUCUGAUACAAUUUAUUGAAUCCUUUGACCAAAAUGGGAAAAAACUCAUUGAAAUACUGAGUAACGAAGGUACCAAACCUGAAGGCAUCGACAUAUACUCCUACAUUACCAACUGCGCCCUUGACAUUAUUAGCGAAAGUGCCAUGGGUGUAUCAGUCAAAAGUCAAGAAAACCAAAACAAGGAAUACGUUGAUGGAGUAAAGAACCUACUCUCCUCCAUUCUGGACCGCUCCUUUAGUCUCUGGAAAGUCAAUCCAUAUUUGUUUCCGCUGACUUCCGACUACUGGUAUCAAAGGAAAAUAGUUAAAAGCCUUCAUAGAUUCACCGACACUGUUAUUGAAAACCGAGUUAAAAGUUUGCAAGAAAAAACUGAAAAAAAUGUGGAACAAGACGUGGACGAUGUGGGCAAAAAGAAAAAGCUGGCUUUUCUUGAUCUGCUGCUUAAUUCAUCGAUAGACGGAAAACCGUUGACCAAAGAAGAUAUUCGUGAAGAAGUUGAUACAUUUAUGUUUGAGGGACAUGAUACAACAUCGUUUGCCAUAUCUAUGGGUCUUUAUUUGUUGGCAAAGCAUCCCACUGUCCAGACCACGACAAGAAACGAACUUAAUGAGAUUUUUGGAAAUGAUAAAUCUAAACCGACGACGAUAGAAGAUCUAAACAAUAUGAAGUAUUUGGAGUUGGUAAUAAAGGAAAUAAUAAGAUUAUAUCCUUCUGUACCGUACAUUCUUAGAGAAAUUACUAAAGAUACAGAAUACAAAGGGCAUACGUUACCAAAAGGUACAUCAAUAGGCAUGUAUAUUUAUGGAAUCAAUAGAGAUCCCACAUACCAUAAAGACCCUGAAGCAUUCAUACCUGAACGCCACCUGGAUACAAGUAGUAAAAAUCAUUUUGCAUAUAUUCCUUUCAGUGCAGGACCCAGAAAUUGUAUUGGUCAAAAAUUCGCAAUGUUGGAAAUGAAAUCCUUGAUCUCAAAAAUACUUCGAAAUUUUGAGUUGUUACCUGAUCCAUCCUACGAACCUGUAUUAGCAAUGAACGCUGUAUUCAAAACGUUAAAUGGAGUAAGAAUAAAGCUUCAGAAAUUGUAAACCUGUUUGUAAUAUACCAAUAAAUAAAAUAUACCAAAAAUAAAUAAUUAUUAACAGAUUAAUUUAA